CCAGUCACUGCAUUUUCCGACAUAAAGAACCAAAGUCUACAAACAUCAUCGAGACGAAGUUCGCACAAUAAAAGUAUCCGAACAAUGUGCAGCCGAUAAGUUCAGUGACUCGACUGAGAAAGAAACGUGCGUUACAUUUUGAUACGAGUGCCAGAUGAAAUUUGAAGCAUGCUUACUUUCCCGGGCAUGCCUAAAUCGAGUCCUCGAGCCGGACCGGAUUGUCACAAAAACAGUCUCACUACGAAUUACAAUGAAAUUUGCUAAGAAUUAAUAAAUAACUACAAUUAAAGCUAUUUGUAUAUUUCAAGUUUUAUACCAUAAGCUAUUGCACAUUGUCAUAUAUAUCAAUAUACAUAAUAUAUAUUUGCAAUAAUCUGUUGCUUUCAUUCACAAUAUUUUUACUGACCGAAAUAAUACAUUAAAGAAAUGGGUUUUGUUGGGCAAGAUACACUAAAUUAUAUUCUGUUUACAAACCCCGUCGUUGUAAAUACAAUAAGUAUAGCCAAAACAGCAACAAAUACCAUUGUUGAUUCUAUUAGACCUAAAAAAAUAGAAGUUAAAAUGGUACAGUCAGAGCCUCUUUACAAAUUAGCUCUCCAAAACGGACCAUUUAUUCGUCUUGCAGCAAUCAGUGGAGCUGCAGCUGUCAUUUUAGGAGCUUAUGGUUCACACAAGUCAUAUUCUCUUGAAGAAAAAGGCGAAGAACGAAGAAGAGUAUUUGAUACUGCUUCUCGUUAUCAUUUUAUCCACACAUUAGCACUUUUAGGAUUACCUAUGUGCCGUAAGCCACGUAUUGCUGGAACUUUCAUGAUAUCAGGAAUAUUCCUUUUCUGUGGCACUUGCUAUUUUUAUGCAUUUACAGGAGACAAAUCAUUUAGUAAAUUAACGCCUUUAGGAGGUACUUGUUUCAUUCUUGGCUGGUUGGGGAUGUUUCUUUAAGUAGAAAAUAUUUAAUUUAAAUAAAAUGUUGAUGAGAAAUAUUUUUCAAUUCGAUGUUGAAAAAACUAUACAAUAAAAUAAAGUAAUGUACUUUUUCAAGCGACAAAUGUAGCAGUAAAAACUAGCAUUAACUUUUUAUAAGAAAAGUUGAAUAAAUAAAAAGAUAAGUUUUUUAUAUGAGUGUAAUGUGAUAUAUAUUU